AUUUUCUAACUAGGAUAAUCAAUACUAAGAAAAUAAGGAAUAUGCAAUUAUAAUUCAUAUAUGCAUACAUAUACUUACAGAAGCUAUGACAUUAUGUUUUAGAAUAAUUGAAACAUUUAAAACAUCGAUAAUUAUUUUCAGUUGUCUUUGUUUUUCUGAUAAACUGCACUGUUUUUAUGAAAUAGAUAGUAACUUUCUUCCUAAACAUGUUUCAUUAGCUAUCUAACUUUAAUUAUCAAACGAUGAAAUAUAAACAAAAAGAAUGUUAAAUCAUGUUCUUUACAGUAUUCUGUAAUAAUGUAAAUAUGCGAUAUAUAUUUCUAAUAUAGGAUUUAUUUAUCAAGUAAUACACUCAAUAUUUUAUGAAUAUGAUUAAUACAUUAUAUUACUAUGUUAAGUAUUUGUGACUUGUAAAACUACUAUUCGUUUUGAGCUUUGGACUCUAAUAUUUUAUUCAAGUCUACCUAAUUCAUCACCUACCUAAUUUACAAUGUCCUAUAGAUCAUAAAGGAAGAUAAAAUAAAGAGAUUAUUUUGUAUAAAGUAAAUAUUUUAGUAAAAUUAAUAUGAAUCAAGAAAGAACAUCAAGAGAAGUGAAAUUCCCAGUACCAUGGGGUCAUAUUGCAGGCAAGAUUUAUGGAUCUCUGAAAGAAAAAAGAGUUCUAAUGGUGCAUGGUAUUUUAGACAAUGCUGGUACAUUUGACAGGUUAAUUGAACACCUUCCACAGAAGUACCAAUAUGUGAAUAUAGAUUUGCCAGGGCACGGACUCUCAUCUCCAAUGCCAUCUGGAAUGCCAUUGCAUUAUUUUGAUUAUGUCCAUACAAUAUUGUUUGUUUUGGAUGCACUAAAAUGGCAAACCUGCAUAUAUAUUGGACACAGUUUUGGAGCUCAUAUUGCAACAUAUUUCAGUAUUUUAUACCCUGGAAGACUUGAAAAAAUUGUAGCACUUGAUGGAUUUCUACCUUUUCUGGUUAAGGAUAUUGUUCCUUACAUUCGAGAUAUAUAUAAUUUAAAAACUUAUACUAGAGAUUCUAAUAUACUUUAUACUAAAGAUGAAGUAAUGUAUGCUUUGCAAUUUAAAAGAUUUGAGACAUUAAGAAUGGAGGCUGCAGAAGCUUUAUUUAAACGUGCAGUCACUAAGGUUGGUGAUUUGUAUAAAUUUAAUCGUGAUACAAGAUUAAGACAUGUUGUUAGACCAUUUUUUACAUUGGAACAACAUAAGGAAAUUUUUAAAAAAUAUACAACUAAAACAUUAAUAAUUAUAGCGGAUAGUUCCAUGCGAGUAAAUAUUUUGUUGCAAAUAGUAAAAACAUUACCACUAAUUACUAACAGAACUGAUCUUUUUACUGUAAUUCAAGUCAGAGGAAAUCAUGAUGUACAUAAUAAUUAUCCUGAGUGGGUAGCACCACACAUAUGUACAUUUCUAGAUGAUAAGUUACAAAGUAAAUUAUAAAUUAUUUAUUAUUUCUAUAAAAUAUAUAUAUUAUUUUUAUAAAAUAAUUUUUAUUAUAUAAUAUUACAUGAAGGGGAUAUGAGAAUAUAAUUCAUAUUAAAUUUAUUUUUGUAGUACUUAAUGUAAGUCAUUUUUUACAGUAUUUAUAUGCACAGAGUU